ACCAUGACCAUCCUACAAGGCCAGACGACGGAUCUUAGCACACUGUCCAAGAAAUCGCAGCAGUGCAUCGAGAGGCUGCUCGCACAUAAGGCAGAGGAUAUUGACCUGAGCAAGGUCUCAAAGUCCAAGCGAGCCGGAGUCCUUGUGUUGCUUUACGAAAAGAAUGGCGUUCUGAGGGUCCUGUUGACCACACGUUCGAAGACGCUCAGAACGCAUCCUGGUCAAACAGCACUGCCAGGAGGCAAAAUGGAUGAAACGGACAACGACGUCGUUGAGACUGCGUACAGGGAAGCAUUUGAAGAAGUUGGCUUACCUCUGCACCAUUCCAGCAUCUAUACGCUAUGCGUUCUUCGGCCUUUCAUAUCAUUAACGAGACUCCUGGUAUCCCCAGUCGUUGCUCUUCUCACGGACAUAUCUGUGCUCCACAGGCUCGUACCUUCCGAAGGCGAGGUUGAGGCUAUAUUUGAUCACCCCCUUGAAGCCUUCCUGGAUCCCCAUCUCAGUCAACAGGAAGACUUGGUGGCCAUUGGGAGCGAACCAUGGCCUUCAGAUGAACAAUUCUACAACCAUACUGAUAGCCAGUGGACAUGGCUGGGUAACUCAUGGUACAGAAUGCACCGCUUCCGAUCCACAGCAUCUGCGAUCAAGGGUCUUACUGCCGAAAUAUUGAUCAUGACCGCAGUCAUCUCCUAUGGACGCUCGCCGUCAUAUUCGCGAUACGCCCUGGGGCAACCCACAACGUUCUCUGACAUCCUGAACGCCUUGGGCUCAACUUUUUUCACAGAGCUGCGCGAUCUGGGGGGUUUGGCGGAGCCUGUACCUGGCAGUGUGAUUGUUGGCCGUGCAUAGCCCGCAUCUGUUUAUCUCCCAUAGAGCUCCGUCAAACUUUAGAUCUCAGGCUCCACUGUACAUCGUACACUACUUAC